AUGCCUGAUUCCCCCAUGGAGAACAACAAUAAGCUCGUAAUGACUAGCUUAGAACCAUCUCCUGGGUUGGGUGUCAUUGGAAUUCUGAGGAAAGCCUCAACCAUCUCUUUACGAAAUGGGAGGCUUACGGUCUCUCUCAUACUCCUCAUGCUCCUGCCGUUUCUCCUCUCAUUAGGCUUUCAUCUAGCCUUGGAUACUAUUAAGGCAGAUUUGUCAUCCAAGAUUUCCCUCCUACCUAAAGAUCUCAAUAGCCCAGAAGCCCAAAAAAUCGUGAAGGAAAUAUCUGAAGAUAUGCGAAAGCUCCUAGGAGUGACACUGGUCUUUGCACUUGCAGGCAGCUUAAUCUCAUUGUUUUCACUGACAACCACAGUCUCCUCAUCAGCGAUGCUGUAUGUGGGGAAGCAUUUCACUCUCAAAGACUUGUUUCAAAGGGUCAAGAUAACAUGGACAGGGCCCUUGAUCACCGGGUUCUUCAUCGCUCUCAUCUCCAUUGCUUACUUCCUUGCCACCCUUCUCUUGAUUGGUGUGGUGACAAUACUUGCUAGGGAUGGUGUUCUCUUCAAUGUGCUAGUUGCACUAAUAGUCCUUCUAGCAAUCAUAUUCUGUUGA